UCACAGGACACAUGUGUUUGGGUCAGUAUGCCGUCUGUAUGUGUGUGUAUAUGUGUGUAAAGGUGGCUGAUUUUGCAUACAAUCGCAACUUUUUUGACUUUUUGUCCGGCUCUAAAACUCACCUGUGCAGUGUCAUCGUGAAGUUUCAUUCUGUGGAAAAACUUAAUAAUCAGGUGGAGACUCACUCAGCUUUUCGAAGACAAAUCGCUGCAUGCAGCCAGGGGUGUAGGGCUCGGGGGACAAAGAGGACUGAGUAUGCAGGACCCUAAUGUGAGGAGGGCCCAUAAAAAAUACUUGUGUGAAUAGCUGUGUACAUGGGGAGGUGACCAUAGAGAGUGCAUAUGUACAGGGUGUUCAAUUUUGUGCUAUGCCCCUGCAUGCAGCUGAGCCUUACAGGCCCACUGAGAGGCCAUUAGCAUCCUACCUGCCUUACCUGUGGUGGUUUCUAUAGAAACACACAUGAGGGUGGAAGGUGUUGUUGUACUCACCUUUGAGCCUUGGUAAACAACGGUGACUUCCCCAGUGAAUAAACUGCAAAUCUAGUCCACUCAGUCAGUCACUGUGCUGCCCGGGAGGCUGUGGGAGAUACGAAAUGAUCAGCUGUUGACAGAAGGACAUUUGAAUUUCAGACAGAAAGGAGCUUGUUAGGUGGACAUACACACUUAGAGCUGGGAGGUGGCUGAGAUAGAGAUAGGAGUGGGCAUGUUCUUGAACACAGCUCCCCGGAGGUCGUUCAGCAUGCCCAUUAACAUCAACCUGCUGGGUGCUCGCAGGCAGCAGACACGAGACUUCCUCCACAGAGGGGAGAAGCAGGAGCGGUGUAAAGGUGUGGAUGAUCAUGGAGUGCAGCGAGCUCAUACCCAGAUACCAGUGUCGAGUGUCGGGGAGGACAGAGUCAUCCUGCUGGGCUUCACUAUGAUGGCCUUCUCUGUGCUCAUGUUCUUUGUGGUCGGCAUCACUAUGGUCAAACCUUGUAUUGACAGGAACUGGGAGGAGAAGGCCAGCUGUGUUCUGCUGAAUACCGAAAUCCUGGAGGUGGACUGCAGAGGUGUGAGCACUGUGCCAUGCCUCAGGGUGACAGUUAACCUCACAGCCUCCAAUCAGAUGGUUUUUCUGCACUUUGACGAGGAAUCUGUCCUCCUUGCUCCUGAGUGUUUCUACAUACCCAAAUGUCAGAGGGACAGAACAGAACUUCUAAAGGAAGUAGAGAAAGUGAAAACCAAAUUGGACGCUCAUCAGGGGAACACCUCAUCCUGCUUCACUGACCGCACGAGGCACCCCAGGGUUGUCAUCUUGCACAAGAAGUACACCUGUCAGGAGGCCCUGUUUGCCUUGCAGUGGCCCUGUCUGAUGGUGGGUGGCGGAGCUCUGUUGGUGGGCCUUGUGAAGCUGACACAGCACUUAGCCCAUCUCUCCUCUGAGAUGUGCAGUGAGACUGCAGGGGGCAGGCUGACAUCAAGACACACUCAGGGCAAACUGUACAGACUCCUCCAGAGGUCCAGCAUGCAGUCUCCUUCAUGACAUAUCCAGUGUUUGUGCUAAAACAUGCCAAAAAUACUAUUUCAAACAAGUAACUGGUACAUAAUAUGCCCCAAGGCCGGUAUGUAGAAAGCCGGUCAGAGUAUAAGUACCACACAGAAACCUUCCUAAGCAUAGAGAAUUGGUCUCCGCUCUCUGAACUCUACAGGCUUCUGAACACAGUUAGAGACAAGCAGAUGGCUGUGGUACAAUCACAGAGGCAGAGCACACACACACCUUUCCACAAUGAAAAUGUAUUGAUGGCAAGUUGAAAGUUGAUAAAAAAAAAUUUAAAAAAAGAUUUAAGGUCCGUCCCAAUACACAAAAACAUGAAAAAGUUGAAAUCACCAGAUUCAUAAUAUAAUUCAGCAUUAAUAGAAUAAAACGCUGACAUGUGAAUGAGCCUUCCUAAUGGAGUAACAUAUAAAUGUUAUAUACAUUCUAAAAAUGAAAAAAUGAAGGUAAAUGUUUCAUUUUAAAUUGAUCUCUAUGUUCUGUUUCAGAAAACCUAAAAUAAUUGCACUUGUGCAAGGUUUAACAAACAAAGAUUUUAAAGGGCCUUGGCAGAUGCUUUUCGCUUCAAUUGAUUACUAUAUCCUUCUUUAAAGAGUAACACCAUCUGACAGUCUUGUUUUGCUGAUCUCCAGCAGUUUAACUUUUCACCUUGCUGCAGCGAUGUACUCCACACUGUGUCAGUACACUGUGACAUCACUGUUGCUUGCACAGAGCACACUUCAGACAACUUUGUGAAACACUGCUUUUCAUUUGGCGUGUUUUAUGAAUAAUAUUCCAGACUGCAUAUCUGAUGUCAUAAUAACUAUAGAGGGGGGUAUCUUAUAUAAGAUAUAGUUACUGCAGUACCAUCUUUAAGUCAAAGUUUUUAAAAGUUUCUAGAUACCAGUCCAGUUCACUCAGUAAAGAGUCUUGUGU